GUGUCAAUUGAUUGUUUGUUGUUGAAGUCAUAUCCUGCAUCUAGGAACCCUCAGAGAACAUUCACACAGCAUUCACUCCAUGCAGCAGAAGCACUCGGACAGGACAAGAAUAUCUGAAGGUCUUCUCAGAUGUCUGGAGAGAUCUUUUCCCCUCUGGAUAAUCUCUAUGACCUGGACAGUGCCAACUGCCAUCCUCUGGUGUGCCAUUUGUGCCAAGAACAGUAUGAGCAUCCAUGUUUACUGAACUGUUACCACACGUUCUGUGCCAGCUGCCUGCGUGGAAAGGCUGUGGACAGCCGACUGACUUGCCCUCUCUGUGGACAUCAGUCUGUUGUGAAAGGAAUAAAUGCACUUCCCCCAGAGGAUCGACUCCUGAAGUUCUUGGUGGACAGUUCAGCAGACAGUGAGGAAACCGUGCAGUGUGCUAACUGUGAUUUGGAGUGCAAGAAACAGGAUGUGGAUGCAAUGUAUUAUUGCAACACUUGUUGCCAGCCACUGUGUCGAGACUGCAGGGAAACCACCCACAAAGCCAAGAUGUUUUCCUGCCACGAGAUUGUCUCCUUGGCAAAGCGCACCAAAGAAGCCCACAAAAAAUGUGCCCUCCAUGAGGAACUCUACAUCAUGUUUUCUACAGAGAAAAAGUCCAUGCUCUGCAUCAACUGCUUCAGAGACAUGCAAGUGGAGAGCAGAGCACACUGCAUUGAUAUUGAGACAGCAUAUGUACAAGGCUGUGAAAAAUUGGACCAAGCCGUCUUAGCUGUUAAGGAGCUUCAGACGUCAGCGCGAGAAGCCAUUAUUCUGUUCAAAGCCAUGAUUGGAGAGGUCAGGGUCAACGUGGAUGAAGAAGAGAGCGCCAUCUGCACUCUGUUCAAUAAUAUGCAGGAAAGACUAGCAGAAAGAAAAAAGAUUCUACUCAAGGCAGCACGAAGUCAGCAUGAGGACAAGGAGAGAGCCUUCAAAGAGCAGUUAUCUCAUCUUGCAGCACUCCUGCCAACUCUUCAGGUUCAUCUUGUCACAUGUUCUGCCUUCCUAAGCUCAGCAAAUAAGUUUGAGUUCUUAGACAUGGGAUAUCAAUUAAUGGAGAGACUAAAGAAGAUUGUGAAACUACCACACAGGCUGAGACCAGCACAGAGCAGUAAGAUAAACACAGAGUAUCGCUCCGAAUUUGCUCGCUGCCUGGAGCCGCUCUUGCUGUUGGGGCAGCGGCGUUCAGUGUCCACUGCAGGGAGUGUGGCUUUAGGUCUGGGAAACGCCAGUGGAUUGAUGCAAUCAUCUCUGUCAGUGCAGUGUCACUCUCCAGCCAUGAGCGACAUGUCACUGUGCUCCUCCGUGGUGCGCAGGCCGACCUCACACCGUUACAUAAGCACCAAGGUCCUGCUGGCGGAGGGUGGAGAGACGCCUUUUAUGGAGCACUGCUGCAACUACGAGAACAGCUACAGGACUUUACAGACAGAAAUCCAGAAGCUCAAAGACCAGGUGCAGGAGAUUCACAGAGACUUGACCAAGCACCACUCACUCACCAAACCCGACACCAUGAAUGAGAUUUUGGAGAGGUCUGUUCAGGUGGAUAGACAGAUCUCCGCAGAGUACUCCUCAGUCGAGCUCAUGCGGGCCAUGUUCGAGGAGAUUUGGGAGGAGACGUUACAGAGGGUGGCAAAUGAACAGGAGAUAUAUGAAGCACAACUUCAUGACCUGCUUCAGUUAAAACAGGAGAACUCCUGUUUGACCACUAUUUCCAGCCAAAUAGGCCCCUACAUUCGCUCCAUAGCAAAAGUGAAAGAGCGUCUGGAGCCCAGGCUGAAGGAGCCUAAAGAGCUCAAAGAUGAUCGCACAGAAAUCAUGCUGAAGCUGUAUGAGGACAGUACCUCUACUGCGGACACACAGCCCAGUAAUGAGCUGCCCUGUAACACUGAGGACAACUGGACUCUAAACAGCCAAUCAGAAGAGACCAAUCCCAAGAACAAAGAUUACUACAGGCCAAACAAGCAGAAGAACACCACUGAUACAGCCAAUCGCAAAGAGAUACCAAUCUGAAACCGCUUUUGUGAUUGUCAGUUUAGACAUGUUACCCCAAAAAAUAAGCAUGUAUGUAUGUAAAUCUAAUUUACGGAAGCUGGAAAGAGAGAAAAACUACUAGUUUACAGUGCUUGUAUUUUAGAGAAUCACAGUAAUGUCAAGUAAACAUUAUAAUCAGUGUUUAUUUUAAAGGUUUGUUACAUUUUGCUGAAGAGGUUAAUCAUGUAAGUGGUACAAUUAUCAUCCAAGAGGUUGGGUGGUCCUCUCCUAUUAGCUUUUUGCACAAGCGUAGUGCAACUCUUACAUCAUAAAAACCUAUUGCAUUUGUUCAAAUGUCCAUUACCUGUACGCAUACAAUAUAGUGCUCGUCAUUGGUUAAAAGUGUGCAUGAAAUUCCUAUUCUUUACCCAAUGUCUAUAUAAGCUACAUCAUGCCAGGAGAAGAGUGGAGCCUUCCUCCCAGAAAUGUAAAAUCGGAAAGAUUAAGACUUUGGAUACAGCAUAACCCCUCCGGCAUUCGGCCUUCUGAAUCCCACCUUCGUAGAAACCGAUUUUCUUGUUGAAUUAUCAUGCAAGUGUGAAGGGAAGUGACAAGACGUGGAUAUGGUAUUGAGUGAGUGAGUGUGGGAGUGAAGACGAAAAGACACUAAUGCAUUUGACAGGACAUAUGCAUAACUGAAGGACUAGAAAGACCAAUGGGGAACAUGUAAUCAAAAGAAGAAUUAAGCCUGUAAUUUAUCACACGUUUAUUUUUCUAACCAUAAUAUUAAAAUUGUCCAACAGCAUUAACAAAUCACAGAUAUUUAGAGAUUGUCAGAAAUUAGUUUUAAAAUGUGUAUGCCUGAGAAUCUGCUCUGGCUGAUCGUAAAAAUAUAUAUUUCUGAGACACGAUAAACUAAUUUUUACACAAAACAAACAAUGUCUAAAUGGCCACUGCAGUAAAUAUAUCUUAAGUCCAAUUUAAAGCCUAUCUGAAUAAAAAUACCUCAAGAGAUUUAAAAAUCUACUGAAAAACUCUGGAUGUUCGUAAGUAGUAACAAACCAAUGUCUUGAAUCUCAUUUCUAAGGUUUCUAACCACAAAACCAGGGGAUUUAAAAAAAGAAA